UAAACAUUGAACACACGUGCUCAGUAGGACCCAGCAUCGGCUUGCUGAGUGGAGAUAGCCAUCCGGCAGUUGUGCAGGAUUUCGAGUUGGAGUGUUGAAGGUGAUGGUCUCCGAUAUGCAGACUUCUCGCAAACGUAAGGCUGAGACUUCUGGUCGAAAUGAACAUGAGUUCGACGAAAAUUCUCAAAUGGCACAUAUGUCAUUAGCUGAGUUCAUGAAGAAAGGUUUCAGUUCAGACGACGACGACGACACAAAAGCUCAAAGCGGCGCGCGGUCGAAGGCUAAGAAGGAGAAGAAGUUGAGCACUGAGCAUGAUAGAGAUACGUUGUCGGAAGAAUCUUCGACGAAGAGAACUACUCAGAAAACUGGAAUCAAUGGAACCAAAAAGACGAAUGGCACAAAGACUUCACAGGCUGGACGGGGCCAGACAAAAAAACAACGGUUCAAAGUUCUCAAACGACAGCAGGCUACGUUUGCUACAUCACACCUUUCGGAAAAGAGCGAUAAACACUUAGAUGAAAGUGUUGGGCUUCAAGGGACGGAUGAUGACGAUAUUGAAGAUGUAGAAUCUGACGAUGAGGUUAUUGCCAAACCCCGUGUGUCAGUUGUGCAGGCCGAUUCAGAAGAUGAGGCUUUGGACCAAAUUGAGCUAUCGGAUAUCGGUGAAGAUGAACUUAUUGAUAUGGACACGCAGAUUGUUACCGAAAAAAAACUGCGCAGUUUUCUCGAGCAUCUUCGUAACAAACCUAACACGAACCAGAUUAAGCGUCUAACGCAAAUGUUCAAUGGCGCAGUAUGUGAAGCUUCAGGAGACCAGAAUAGCGCGAAGCAGAAAUACAUAAUUAAGGGGCAACGACUUUUUAAUGCCGUUGUCUCUGCCUGCCUUCAAGACUUGGUUCCGGUUGUGCACAAGGUUAUGAAACUCCCGCCACCGUCAGUUCCGAAAGAUGGUUCAAAGAUGAUUGAUCCGACCAAAGGGCAUCUUUGGCGUAAGGUGAAAAACCCCAUCACGUUAUACAUGGCUGAUCUGCUCAAGUUGAUUGGGUGUAUAACUCAUCAAAAGUUGCUUCUUUCACUAUUGCGACACGUCCUCCUUCUGUUACCAUUUGUUCGCUCCAGACCGCAGAUUGAGAAGCGUCUUUUGAAGACUCUGUCGCGUCUGUGGUCCACCGGAGAGGAGAGCGUUCGCAUUGUUUCAUUUCUGUGUUUAAUUCGCCUAAUUCGAUCCGGAGAUGAUAUUACCUUCCAAGAAGUCCUUAAGGCAAUGUACCUCUCAUAUAUAGCCAAUUCGAAAUUCACUUCUCCUCAGACAUGGCCGCUAAUUUCGUUUAUGCGGAGGAGUUUGGUAGAAGCUUACGCGCUUCGACCGAACGUCGCCUACCAGCAUUCCUUCCUCUAUAUACGUCAGCUGGCAAUUACAUUGCGAACUGCGAUGACGGUGAAAAAGAAGGACUCCCACAAAACAGUUUACAACUGGCAAUUUGUGCAUUCGCUUCUUCUCUGGUGCCAUCUGUUGGCCACGAUCCGUAUAGCAGCGAUGCAACCGCUAAUUUAUCCUGUUGUCCAGGUGUCGAUUGGGGUACUAAAUCUUAUGCCAACUGAAAAAUAUAUUCCUCUACGGCUCCAUGUGAUCCGCGGAUUGAUAGAACUUUCCACCGAUACGCAGACUUUUGUCCCGAUAAUGCCAAUGUUGGUUGCUACACUUAAACAAAUUCGCUGGAAUAAGAAACCUAAGGUAGCAUCGAUAAAACCUAUGAAUCUGUCAUGUGCUUUGCGCGUCAGUGAUAAGCAGUCUAAGGAAAGCGCGUUUCGAGAUGCCGUAAUGGAAAGCUUUCAAGAUAUGGCACUUGGGUAUCUUACAGGUGUAAGUCACCUUAUGUCCUUUCCUGAGAUAGUGAUUGCCACAGUCGUUGAGUUGAAAAGGCUUAAACUUGGCGUCGUAAAGCAUCAAACAACGCUAAAACAGCUAUUGGACAAAAUCUCUGAGAAUAGCCGGUUUAUUAACGGAAAACGGGAACAGUCUGGAUUGGCGUUAAAGGAACUUGAGAAAAUAGCCGCUUAUGAACUCCAGCUAAGAGGAGAAACACCGUUAUGCCUAUAUCAACAAAAAUACCAAAAACUCCGAGAGGAACGAAGACGUGCGGCGAACGAAGAUUUUAUCGAGAACUAUGACAGCGGGGAGGAUCAGAAGAACGAUAACAAAAAGCAAUCAGAAAACAAGAAAAACAAAAAUAGAACUAAGGCUGACGACGAAAAUGGACAAGUGAAAGGAAUCGAUGAUGAAGAUAGUGAAGAUUCAGAAGAAGACAAACAGGGAAACCUCGAUCCUGAUUUGGACACCGAAGAGGAAGGCGAUAACGAAAUCGGAUUUGAAAUAGCUGAACAGGAUGACGAUGACGAGGACUAAUGGAUAAUUAUUUACCAGUCAUGUGAUUAUGUAAUUUUAAUGAUUGGGGCUAAUGGUUUCGACCAGCCAUAAUAUGUAGUAGAGAUUGUAAAGGUGGGGCACAAUAAAGCAAUUUGAA